AUGGGAGAGGACAUGGAGAGGACAUGGAGAGGACAUGGGAGAGGACAUGGAGAGGACAAAGGAGAGGACAUGGAGAUGACAUGGGGAGAGGACAUGGAGAGGACAUGGGGAGAGGACAUGGAGAGGACAUGGGAGAGGACAUGGAGAGGACAUGGAGAGGACAUGGAGAGGACAUGGAGAGGGCAUGGGAGAGGAAAUGGAGAGGACAUGGGGAGAGGACAUGGAGAGGACAUGGAGAGGACAUGGGACAGGACAUGGAGAGGACAUGGAGAGGACAUGGAGAGGACAUGGAGAGAAUAUGGGACAGGACAUGGAGAGGACAUGGAGAGAAUAUGGAGAGGAUAUGGAGAGGACAUGGGACAGGACAUGGAGAGGACAUGGAGAGAAUAUGGAGAGGACAUGGAUGAGGACAUGGAGAGAAUAUGGAGAGGAUAUGGAGAGGACAUGGGACAGGACAUGGAGAGGACAUGGAGAGAAUAUGGAGAGGACAUGGAGAGGACAUGGAGAGGACAUGGAGAGGAUAUGGAGAGGAUGUGGGAGAGGACAUGGAGAGGACAUGGGAGAGGACAUGGAGAGGACAUGAAGAGGAUAUGGAGAGGAUGUGGAGAGGACAUGGAGAGGACAUGGGAGAGGACAUGGAGAGGACAUGAAGAGGAUAUGGAGAGGAUGUGGAGAGGACAUGGAGAGGACAUGGGAGAGGAUAUGGAGAGGAUAUGGAGAGGACAUGGAGAGGACAUGGAGAGGACAUGGGAGAGGACAUGGGAGAGGACAUGGAGAGGACAUGGGACAGGACAUGGAGAGGAUAUGGAGAGGACAUGGGAGAGGACAUGGAGAGGACAUGGGAGAGGACAUGGGACAGGACAUGGAGAGGACAUGGGACGGGACAGGACAUGGGAGAGGACAGGAAGAGGACAUGGGAGAGGACAUGGGACAGGACAUGGAGAGGACAUGGGAGAGGAUAUGGAGAGGACAUGGAGAGGACACAGAGAGGACACGGAGAGGACAUGGAGAGGACAUGGGAGAGGACAUGGAGAGGACAUGGGAGAGGACAUGGGAGAGGACAUGGAGAGGCCAUGGGAGAGGACAUGGAGAGGCCAUGGAGAGGACAUGGGAGAGGACAUGGGAGAGGACAUGGAGAGGAUAUGGAGAGGACAUGGAGAGGACACGGAGAGAACACGGAGAGGACAUGGGAGAGGACAUGGGAGAGGACAUGGAGAGGCCAUGGGAGAGGACAUGGAGAGGACAUGGGAGAGGACAUGGAGAGGACAUGGGAGAGGACAUGGAGGGGCCAUUGGAGAGGACAUGGAGAGGACACGGAGAGGACAUGGAGAGGACAUGGAGAGGACACGGAGAGGACAUGGAGAGGACAUGGGAGAGGACAUGGGAGAGGACAUGGAGAGGCCAUGGGAGAGGACAUGGAGAGGACAUGGGAGAGGACAUGGAGAGGACAUGGGAGAGGACAUGGAGGGGCCAUUGGAGAGGACAUGGAGAGGACGUGGAGAGGACGUGGAGAGGACAUGGGAGAGGACAUGGAGAGGACAGGGAGAGGACAUGGGAGAGGACAUUGAGAGGACAUGGAGAGGACAUGGGAGAGGACAUGGGAGAGGACAUGGAGAGGACAUGGGAGAGGACAUGGAGAGGACAUGGGAGAGGAAAUGGAGAGGACAUGGGACAGGACAUGGAGAGGACAUGGGAGAGGACAUGGAGAGGACAUGA